GCUGGUUUAGUGACUUAAAUUAAGCUUAACUAACUAACUAACUAACAGAUCCAAGGACAGUGUUUAUUAGACAGAAACAAAGACGGUAGGUAGGUACCUUACUGCGCUGUUGUAGCACUCCGGACGAUCUCUUCAGUAGCGCACCGCUAGAGCCAGAGGUCAAACUUUCGUCACACGUUUGAGUCUUUUUCAGCGAUUCAGACCAAAAUCAGAUGAAUAAUAAUUUAAUAAUUUUGUAAUCGGAUUUAAACUCAGUCUCCUGCUCAUUUUCUGUGGUUGAUUUUCAAAGUGAACGAACGUGUUGAAAUAGUGUGAAUCUGCGGCUCCGUCUCUCUCCUCACGUUCUUCAGGAUUUCACAUCAAACACCGACCUCAGGUCAGAUUAAAACGACGCGUUGUGCUCACAGUGUAGAUUGGAAGCAUCGAUGUUUAGCUCCAGCUGCUCAGGAGUCUGAGGACAGAAGUUUCCAACAAACCCGGGUCAAACCACGAAGCUAGCCCGGCUAACUGUUAGCUUUACCGAGCAGGGACUCUGAUCCUGAAUCAUGGCAGUCCAGGUGUCCGAGUCCGACCAGAUCAAACAGUUUAAGGAGUUUCUGGGGACAUACAACAAGGUGACGGAGAACUGCUUCAUGGACUGUGUCAAAGAUUUCACCACCAGAGACGUGAAGCCGGAGGAGUCCAGCUGCUCCGAGUCCUGCCUGCAGAAGUAUCUAAAGAUGACUCAGCGGAUCUCCAUGAGGUUUCAGGAGUACCACAUCCAGCAGAAUGAGGCCCUGGCUGCUAAAGCUGGACUGCUGGGACAGCCUCGCUGAACUGGGACUGAACUGGACUGGUAACAUGAUCCCAGGAGGCUGAGCGGCUCCUGACUGAUCCUGGUUCAGCAGGUCGAGCGAGUGAAAGACUCUGAACUGCAGCCGGUGAUGAUGCUGCUGAACAGGAAACAGUUAAAACACAAAACCCUUCAGCUGCUCUGUGUCAAAGCAUCAUGGGAGAUGUAGUGGAAAACAAGAUGAGACAGAUUUCUUUAACUUGUGUAAAACUCUUUGUUGCUGAGAUGAUGUGAUGUUGAAACUUUUCAUUAAACAUCAGGAACCGUGAAAA